UCACCUAGCAUAGGAAAACAAUCGACUACUGCAACUCAUUCUGCUGCAUGCAUGUUGUUUUCAUCACCCUGCAGCAUGAUGUCGAUGUUCUUAUUAAUUCCCUUCUCUAACCUCCAUGGUUACGUUCUUCAGUCUCUGCCUUCCCAUCUACAGUUGUUGUUUUCCCUUUCUUGUACGCACUCUUCCUUUCCCCUUACAUUAUUCCCUUCGUUCUUGUUCCACUUUGGCACAAAGCUCAUGGCUGCUUUCUUGGCAGUACAAUAAACUUCAAACCCUAAUCGACAAAAAGGAGAAAAGGUCAUCAUCAUCUUCCAAACUCUCUCUCCAUUUCAUUGCUCUCACGCUUCAACACUUGGACCUAACUUCCAUUUGACCUCUUCAUCAUCAUCACCAAGUCAAAACCCAAAUGCCUGGUCUUUCUUGUAUUCAACUCAUUUUGAUUAGCUGCAAAAAUGUUCGAGCUUUUGUCACCAUCCAAAAGUCACAAACCCUAACCCUACCCCACUCCCCAAUUUUCCCUUUUGUCUCAUUGCUAAUCGGUUUUUAUAACUAUUGUAUACCAGUCAAAUGGGGAAGUUGGGGAGAAGAAGACUACAUUCUGGUUUCUGGAUCCAUCGUCAUUUGUCUCUUCGACAGGAGACGCAACAUAGCACAAAUGUUUCGUCUAGAAAGGUUGACUCCCGCUGCUAAACAAACUCUUGGGGCAUGAACAUCAACAGUUGGGUCACUCUACUUCUUGGGGUUACCUGCAAAUCAUCAGUCACUAAACUUUUUUUUAUGUUUGAUAAAGUUGCUUCUCUAUUGAUAAUUCGUUUCGUGCUGGCGUGUUGGAAGCGAUCGAAUGUAUUCCAUGGCGGGGUCUGAUCUUUCUGGAGGAAGUCUGUAUCCUUUAUACGAUUUUUCUCGUUUCGAUCGUGUUGUUAUGUUCUUUAGAGGAUUCAAAGAGCUGUCCAUCUCUAGUGACAAUACAAGCUCUUUGACCGACAGUUCGUUUGUCUAUGAACUAUCAUUUACAUUGUUAAUUAAUUAGCGUCUUUUAAAUUGUUCCUCUUUGUAUUUGGGGUGGAAAAACGUUAUCACCCGAAUGUGGAGUUACUGACCUAUUACAGUCGUUUAGCUUGUCUUUAUUAGGAAUCAUAUUCGAAGUCUUUGUAUAGGGACUUUGUUAUUGUGUUCAUAGGCAAUAGCAACAUAUGUUAGAACGUGCGCACUAUAAGAAAGUUGUUCAUAUCGAUUUUUACAAUUCAAUCAAAGUAAUAAUGAAACCAGACGUAGAUAUUUACUAGCUGACGUGGAAUAUUCAUUUCAAGUCAUACUUGAUACAAACCAAACUUGUUGCAUAAAUCUAUCGUUAACUCGAGUUGCUCAAACCACUUAAUCUAUUUCUUUCUCUCCCUGCUUGAUAGCUAAUUAGGGGACAUGUAAGACUUUUCUCCAUUAUUAAUUUAAGUAGUUUUAGCAAACCAAUACGCUUAUAUGGACAAUACAUACGAAAACAUGUCUUACGAAGAUAAGUGAAGCAACUGUUGUACUAGUUAUGCCCGAUUUCCACGAAAAAAUUUGUAAGAACCAAAACUUAAAGAUUAUUUUGUUAACAAUUGCGAACUUGAAUGAGUCUUUUAUCUAAUUAACCAAAGAAAAAUAGAAAUUCAAACAACAAAAAAAUUUCCUCUUUGACUCCAAGGACCACCCAAUGUUUGUACCCUCAUUAGCACAUCACAACAACCAUUGGAAUCAUCUCCAAAGACCAAUCCUUCUCUUCUCCAUUAUCGCCCUCUUCUUCUCAACCUUUUCCCUCCUCCUUAUUAUAUAACUCUCUCAACCUCUCUCCACCUGAAGAAGAACACAUCAAUCCGCCUUCUCCUUCCUCUCAUUCAUUCUUUUGUUCAUUCAUUUUUUUGUAAACACUCUUACUAGCUAAGAGUGUUUAAGUUUAGGGUCAUAUUAGCCAUGGAAACAGAGAGCCGGCGCCAUGUCAACGCCGCCGCAUUACCCCCGACGUCGCCGGUUUCUUCCACCACGUUCGUCCAAGCCGACGCGGCGACCUUCCGGGACCUCGUCCAGAGGCUCACCGGAUUAUCUCCCGAUUCCGAGAUCAGGCUGCCGGUCACUCUGCCUUCCAGAAUUCACGCUCCAAAACAGGGGAAUAACAACAACAACAACGGCAACGGCAAUCAUCCGCCGGUCAAUUCGCCCCGCAGGUCGCCGUACAAGCUCCAGGAACGCCGGCACACGAUCAGGAAGCUGGAGAUCAAGCUGAGCAGGGCGUCUCUCCGGAACAAUAAUUCCUCCGGCGCGAGCCCCUGUUCCUCCCCCUGCCUCGUGGAGUCUCCGAUUGCCAGCCCCGUCACGCCGCUGAUGGGCUCCGGCGCCCGGGAAUCGCCCUUCUUUUCCAGCACCGAGACGUCCCCUUCGACGCCUUGCUCCGAGGAGGAGAGGGCGAUUGCGGAGAAGAGGUUUUAUCUCCAUCCGUCUCCGUUGAGCACGCCGCGCGGAAGCGAGCCGCCGGAGCUGCUUCCCCUGUUUCCCCUGAGUUCUCCGACGACGCUGAGGAUUUGAAUUGGAUUUGAAGCAUUGGGGAGAAAAUUUAAUUGAAUUGGGUUCGCUGGGCGGCAGCGAUUCCAAUGUGUGGAUAACUGAUCCGGCGAGCGGCGGGGUUGAUAAUCGUUAUGGCCGGCGGAAUAUUUGUCUGGCCGGCCGGCUGACACGGGAAGGAAAAGAUGCGUUGGGGAUUCUAAUCCGGCGAAUGGUUAAAUGGGUAAAUUUGGUGGGUAGUGUAGGUUUUAAGAUGAAUUAAUUAAUUAGUUUAACGCCUCAUAAAUUGUAAUUUCGUAUUUAAUAUUAAUUUAAAUAUGUUAAUACGUUUGUCUAAUUAAUAUAAAAUUUAAUUUGAAAGAAGCAUUUGGUUGAUUGUGGAAAUUGCUAAAUAAAAAAAAUGCAGUUAAUAUUUUUUUUAUGAAUAAAUUCAGUUAAUUUCCCAUCACCAAAAAAUGGUAAUCAUUUUUUAUCCUUCAUUGUCCCAUACUCCCAUUUGGUUUUUUUUAUAUCCAGAGACAAAAUUAUUUAAUUAAUAAACAAAACGUAAAAAACCACCCGUUUAAAUAAGGUUUACGUAACAACAUUUUACAACUAUUACAUAAGAUAACGUAUGGAUUAAAAGGUUAUGGGGAUUUCUUAUGUGAUAGUGUAACAAAUGGAGGGGCUAGUUUGAAACUAGGAGGGGUUAUAGGCCCCAUCAACUUUUGAAAUAUAGUUAAAAUUAUAGGUAAAAUUCUUAACAAAUUUAGUGAAUAGAGUAGUCUCCAAGGCAUUAGCCCCCUCCCAAGUGGUUCCCCAAUUACCACGGUUCAAAUUAACCCCUCUCAUUCAUAUUUAUGGAUUCGCCACUAAGUCUAACAUCGAGUUGCAUAAGCAUUUCAUAAAUGUUAUAACACCCUACAUAACUCGAUGUCAACGUUAAUUACGUAAAAAAUGAUAUUUUCACACUAUUUUACAAUUAUUACGUAAGAUAUUAGUGAUGACCAACAGGUUGGGCGGGACGGGUGUCUCCAUACUCAUUCUUGCCCCACCCCAUAGCGAGUCAUGUCGGAUAUUACCCAACGGGACGUUUUCAAAUUGCAAUUCCUAAUAAACACAUAGAUAAACAUUUCAUAACGAGUAUAAUAUUUUAUCGUAAUACGGCAUGCAAAAUCUAUAACAGGUUAAAAAUUCCUAAGUCACCAUAGCUUAAGGUUUGGUAGAAAUUCCCUAUAACUUAAUGAGAAUAGUAAUAGUUCACUUGGUUGUUUGUGAUCCCCCUCCUAAAUUAGUUUCCUUGUUAUAGAAUCUAUAGGAUGAACUAGCUUUGUGAAUUUUAAUAGAAUCAGAGAAUCACAAUGUUGACACCAUGUGUACAAUUGCAGAAUUUAUUGAUAGAAAUCCUGUAAUGAUCUGAAAGAUCUGAAACAAUACAAUCUAAUUGUAAGUGAGAAAUUAAGAAAAUACUAGCGUGGGCCCCGACCAGUUGGUCGGAGGAAGGUGAGCUAUGAAAUUUGAUAAUGUAUUGAGGUGUAUAGCUUAUUGUUGUAUAGUUUUUUUGGGAAACACGUGAUAAAAAUAGUGAAUUUUAACAAGAAAGAGACAUGAAUGAUGCAACGAAUCAAAAAUCGGCCUUAUGAACCAAAAUCAAGUACAUGUUACCUUGUGAAACAAUAUUUUUUCUGGUAAUAUGAUGAGGUGGAGUAAGUUUUAUAGAAACCGAAUUCCAGAAAACAAAUAAAAAAUCGCAUAUCCCGUUGGUUUUCGGGAAAUGAGCAUCUCACAAUCGUUGCUAGCUUUUACUCGGCCCGUUGGCCGAUUAAUUUGCUAUAUAAAACUUUCAUCUUGUCGUCAUUGUGCUUUCUGGUUUUUGUCAGACCAUGAUAAAAUCUAAGGAAAUCA